CGACCCAGCUCCAUUUCCACCAGUUGAACAAACCAAUAAAAAAAUCCCGACAGAAAAAGAUCAAAACCUGCAACGGCUAGUUUCUUUCUUCCAUUUGCUGAAAAACCCAGGCAAAAUUUGUAUAUUUGCGCUCUCUUACGCUUUGCCAAGGGAGAAGUUCUUGCUGUUUGAUUAGUCAGUGACGCUUCAAAGCUUUCAAUCCUCAACAAUCGGACGGUGUUUCUGUCCAUCGACUUCGCAUUCACCGUCUAAUUUUCUGAGAGAAGCAAAGCACUAAUAUGCAGGAGGCGGAGGGUGCAGUUCCGCCAUCGCCCCCACUACGUAGGGGAAGGUCAAGAGUAAGGGAAAUCAGCUCCAGGUUUAUGUCUCCUCUGGUCCAAGUUGCCCCUACUCCGAAACCAGCAGCAUCAGAACCCCCGAGGUCGAAAUCUGUGGAGAAGAGACAACGACAGGAAGUAGAAGUUGAUGUUGCCUGUAGAAACUUCAUAGAGACUGCUAAGAGCUUAGACAGCACUACCACCAAUGCUACUCCAUUUCACCAUAUCCAGAACCAUAAAUCAGUACCACUUAAAAAACCACAACAGCAACAGCGUGGGAAACCGCCUUGUCCUGUUGACAAAGAGAAUGAUGUCAGGUCAGAAGCCAAAUCAGAGCUGCAACAUCUCCCUAGGAGUAAUAGCUGUAGCAACAGUCGCGCCAUUUCAAGACCUGAUACGCCUAUCAGCAGCAUCCCCACAACUACUGCAGCAAAUAGAGAUAAAAUUGUUGCAUCAAGAUACAGACAAACGCUGCAUCCCCGUCAAGCUCCUUCAGCCACAUCAACACCAGCAGCAAAGCUGUUAAUAGAUGCCACUAAAUCCUCUGAUGUCGCUGUUCCACCUCAGGCUCAGGCUCAUGAGACGUCUUCAUUGCUUGUUCAAGAUAAAAUCUCAAAAUCCAUUAUCGACCGUAAUCAUCUAUGUACAACUACUUCCAUUGGUGGUACUCCUCAUCCUCAAGGGAAUCGGUUGCGACGUUCCAUGUCAGAGGUUGAACAUGUACUGCCCAACAACAGAGCCUCUCCUCACUCUCGUUCUUUAAGUAAUAGUCAAAAUUCAUCCUCCUGGAUUUCUCUUAAAGGAACUGACUGUGAUGCUUCAACAGUCACGUCAUCAUCAACUCCAAACAAAACCUCCUCACCUGUUGCAAGGAAUAAUCAGACUGGAAACUGUUACCAACUGCCUCCACAUCCAGAAAAUAAGGCAAGACUGGGAGCACCAGAUGCCAUGAAAAAACCAAGGAAACUGCUUUUCAAUCAACAGGAUGAUGUUCAUUCUUUCAAGUUGCUUUAUAAUCAUUAUUUGCAAUGGCGGUUUGCAAAUGCAAGGGCUGACGUCUCAAUGUUGUCUCAGAAAAAGGAAGCUGAGAGACAACUAUACGCUCUUGGAAUAAAAAUAUCAGAUAUGCGUGAUUCAGUGAUGAAAAAGCGCCUUGAACUCCAAAUGUUGCAGAGGCUACAUACUUCAUCCUCAAUUGCUGAAUCUCAGAUGCCUUAUCUCGACGAAUGGUCUGCGAUGGAAGAAGAUUAUUCGAGUUCUUUGCUUGGUGUGAUAGAAGCUUUACAAAAUUUAUCACUCAGACUACCAGUCAGCGGUGGAGUGAAGGUUAAUGUAACAGAACUAGGGGAGAUCUUGGAAUCUGCUGAAAAGUUGUCUGAAUCGAUUGUUUCUAACAUCGAGAGCUACAGGUCUAAGGUGAGUAACUAGCUCAGUGGAUGUCUAAUUCUUUUCCGAGUUCUCAAAGCUUUUCUUGUAACACACAUCACCACAUAAUGUAAUCUGGCCUUCUUUUGCAUACAGGCUGAAGAAGUGGAAAGUUUGACGUGUGAACUGGCGAGGGUUACAAGCGCAGAAACAGCUCAACUCCAUGACUGUGGAGAUUCUUUGCUUGGAGUAUAUGCAUCUCAAGUGGAAGAAUGUAGCUUGAGGGGACACAUUAUUCAAUUUUGCGGUCAUAAAAACAAUUCCCAAUCCCAGCAAUAGAAAAUUCAUUCUUUACUAGGUGAUCAGGAUGUUACAUAUUGCACUUCAAAUGGUGUACUUUGGUAUAGAUUACAAUAGGUAUAAUUGUACAAGUGUUGACAUGUAUAAUUCAUUAAAUAAAUGAAUAACAGUUAGCUUGGUA